AUGGCAGUGUACGGUAAAAUUGAAUCAUUCGAUUUUGAAAUGAACUGGGAUGAGUAUGUAGAGAGAGUAGAGCAGUAUUUUAUAGCUAAUGGAGUGGAGGACGCAGACAAACAACGGUCGAUAUUGUUGACGGUUAUGGGUCAGAAAAUGUAUGGACUAGUGCGAAACCUCACAUCUCCCGCAAAGCCCUCCGCCAAAACAUAUGAUGAAUUAAAGACACUCAUUUCUCAGCAUUUAAAGCCGAAACCUCUCAUUAUAGCAGAACGCUUUAAAUUUUAUCAACGAAAUCAACAUUCGAAUGAAACUGUAUGUCAAUAUGUGGCUGGAUUGAGACGGCUCAGUGAACAUUGUGAAUUUGGUGCAUUUCUAGAUGAUGCGUUGAGAGACAGGUUUGUGUCGGGUUUGUCUUCCAUCCCUACACAACGGAAACUCCUAACCGAAGCUACUCUGACAAUGACUAAAGCAAGAGAGAUAGCAGUGAGUAUGGAAAUGGCUGAAAAUGAGGCCCGGAAGUUAAAGGGUGACAGAGUGGAUAAAGCUGAAAAAGUUCACAAAUUUCAAGCGUCAAAAGAAUGUUUCCGCUGUGGUAAGUCUAAUCAUAGCGCAGACAGAUGUUUCUACAAGAACAGUAAGUGUCAUACAUGUAAGGAAGUAGGACAUUUACACAAGAGAUGCCCAAAAUCCAAAACCUCUAGAGAUAAACCUGGUAACUCCAAAAAUCAAGGUACUGGUGGUACUAGAUGUAAUACUGAUUCAGCCAGGCCAACAAAGGGGGACUCAAAGAAACAUAAGAAGAGUUCGAAGAUUCAUUUCAUUGAGGAUUCAGACCAGGAGGAUGUUUCGGAAGUAUGGCCGAUAUUCUCUAUAAAGUCCACAGGGCAAAAGGAAAUAAGAAUUUCUGUUGACAUUGAAAAGAUAGCUCAAACGAUGGAGCUUGACACCGGUUCACCAGUUUCAUUGAUAUCUGAUAAGGAUUUCAGAGCUAAAUUCCAGGGAAAAUUCAACCUACAAAACAGCUCGACAAUGUUGAAAACAUAUACUGGUGAAGUAUUACCAGUGUUGGGUGAGGCUAACGUCAAAGUGUCUUAUGAGGGACAGACCAAACUUUUACCAUUGCUUGUUGUGGAAGGUGAUGGACCAGCAUUAUUUGGAAGGAAUUGGUUAGGACAACUUCGACUUAACUGGAAAACAAUAAACAUGAUGUCUAUCAACGAACAGAAAUAUUCAGUGUUUGAGGACAAGUUAGGCACGGUCAAGGGGAUCACAGCAUCAAUCAAGCUCAAGGACAAUGCCCAACCUAAGUUUUUCAAGGCCAGAACUGUACCUUAUGCGCUGAAAGACCAGAUAGGUGCAGAACUUCUCAGUUUAGAGAAUGCAGGCAUAGUGGAAAAGGUGGACAGUUCAGAGUGGGCAACACCCAUUGUGCCAGUCAUGAAACCAGACGGUUCAGUUAGAAUUUGUGGUGAUUUCAAGAUUACCAUAAAUCCGGUGCUAGAAGUACCCGAAUAUCCCCUGCCAACAAGUGAAGAGCUAUUCACAAAGCUUAACGGAGGACAAAAAUUCUCAAAGUUGGAUUUAACUCAAGCUUACAACCAGGUACUACUUGAUGAAGAGUCUAGAAAAUAUGUGACCAUCAACACCCAUCUUGGAUUGUACAGGUACACCAGACUUCCAUUUGGUGUAGCAUCUGCGCCAGCUAUAUUUCAGCGUACCAUGGAAACUGUACUACAGGGAUUGGAUGGUGUCGGUUGUAUCCUGGAUGAUGUUUUUGUAACCGGAAAAGAUGAUGUUACCCAUCAGCAAAAUCUGGAUGCUUCACUCAAGCGUUUAGAUGACUAUGGAGUCAAACUAAAGAAAACUAAGUGUUUCUUCAUGAAAGAGGAGGUGGAAUAUUUUGCUUUUGUAGUGAACAAAGAGGGGAUCCACCCAUCACCACAAAAAAUUGAGGCUAUUCUACAGUUAAAAGAUCCUCAAAACAAGAAGGAGCUUCAGGCAUGGUUAGGGAUUGUUAACUAUUACCGGAAGUUUAUACCUGACAUGUCUACCAUUGUACAACCACUCACAAAACUACUGGCUGACAAAAUUGAAUGGAAUUGGACAGUAGAUUGUCAUUCAGCAUGUGUGAAAAUCAAAGAACUGUUAGUCUCAUCAGAGGUAUUGAUUCACUAUGACCCAGAAAAGCCUGUAACAUUGGCAGUUGAUGCAUCUUCGUAUGGCCUAGGAGCAGUGAUCUCUCACACAAUUGGGAACGAUGACCGACCGAUCGCACACGCAUCACGCACACUCACUUCUGCUGAGAAAAACUAUUCUCAAACUGAGAAGGAAGCAUUAGCGAUUAUAUACGGGGUCCGCAAGUUUCAUCAGUAUCUCUACGGCCGAAAGUUCACAUUGUUGACGGACCAUAAACCUUUGACAUUGAUACUAGGUCCAAAGAAGGGUAUUCCUGUACUAGCAACUUCACGAUUGCAACGGUGGUCUAUCCAGUUGUCUUCAUAUCAGUUUGACAUCAAGUAUAGAUCAACAACUCAGAACGGGAAUGCUGACACCUUAUCCCGUUUCCCUAUCGAUUCGGAGGAUUGUACGGAAUUGGACCAGGAAGCCGCAAAGGUGAACAAAAUUCAGUUGAACAAAUUACCUAUCACCGCAGCUCAGAUUGCUAUGGCAACAAAAAAUGAUCCUGUUUUGUCAAGAGUGAUGUAUUUUGUCACUAAUGGAUGGUCACAUGAAAAGCCAGAAAAUGAGUUACUUCCCUUUUACCGCGUUCAGGAGGAAAUGACGGUAGAGGAAGGGUGUUUAUUAAGAGGAAUCCGAGUGAUUGUUCCUGAUCGAUACCGGGAUGACAUUUUGAAUGAGUUACAUGUUAACCAUCCUGGAAUGGUUAGGAUGAAGGCAUUGGCUAGAUUGUUUGUGUGGUGGCCAAACUUAGAUAUGGACAUAGAAACAAGGGUGGCAAAGUGUGAAAGUUGUAGGAAACAAUUACCAAACAUGCCACAGUCACGCUCAAACCCAUGGUUAUGGCCGAACAAGCCUUGGGAACGUGUACAUAUUGACUACGCAGGACCAUUCUUAAACAACAUGUUCUUAGUCGUUGUGGAUGCCCAUUCCAAAUGGCUGGAUGUUGUAAGAAUGUCGUCAACGAGCGCUGAGAGCACCAUCAACGCGCUUCGAUACAUGUUUUCCUCAUAUGGACUACCGAAAGAGGUAGUAUCAGACAAUGGACCUCAGUUUGUAGCGGCUGAGUUUGAAUCUUUCCUAAAGAAAAACGGUAUUAAGCAUACCAAAUCAGCGCCAUACCACCCAAGUUCAAAUGGUGAAGCCGAACGUGCAGUUAGAACCUUUAAGACUGGGAUGAAAAACUUGGAAGAUGAGGAAGGAACAUUAAACCAGAAGCUGGCAUCAUUCCUAUUGUCAUACAGGACAACUCCUCAUACUUUGACCAAGGUCACACCAGCUGAGUUAUUCAUGGGCAGGAAGCUCAGAACUCGUUUGGACAUUAUAAGACCAAAUUUGAAACAGUCAGUUCAAUUACGAAAUCAACAACAUGUCAAGAAAGAUCGCACAAUGGAGGUUGGAGACUUGGUUAUGGUACAUGACUACAGAGGUCAAAAGCGGAAACCAUCAUGGGUUCGUGGACUUAUUCUGCAGAAGCUAGGACCAGUUACCUACACCGUACAGGUUGGAGAAUUACAGUGGAAAAGACAUAUUGAUCAGAUGAGAGCAUGUCAUCCAGAUUGUGUUGUGGAUGAUUAUCAAAACAAGUCGCAUUUGCAGGAUAUCAUUGACUUACCAUCGUAUUUUCCUCGCGAAGAGAUAACGCGUGCACCUAUGGUUCCUUCAAGUGAGUCGAUCACUCCAUCUAUGAUUUCAUCUCCAACUCUCAAACGCUCUAUUACAAAUGAGAGUCGCGAAACCAUGCCAAAGACUGUGGAAUCUAUUCCUUCAUGUGAUAAAUCUGGAUCCAUGGCAACAGAGUCGCGAUUUCCGCGUCGUGAACGUUCAAAACCAAACAGGUUAAUCGAAACCAUGUGA